AAUUUACUUUUUUGCGCCAACUCCCUUUCAAGCUUGGUUUCCUCCUCCCUUUCAAUAACUGGGUGCCUAAUGUGGUCGCCGAAGACUGAGGAAUAUUUUCUUUUGUAAAUCUUUCAUUUUCCUAGGUCACUCGCUAUUCCUCCAUCAUGGCGCGGGCACGCAGUAACAACCAGAAUGCUCAAGGCCAAAACGGUCAAGCUGGCCCAAACGGUCAAACCGGUCAGAAUGGCCAGCAAAAUCAAUCCAAUCGACAAGCUCGCGCUGUCUAUGGACCUCAAUCAGCGCUGACUGACUUCCUUGCUUCGCACAACAUCUCUGCUGCUCAGAUCCGCUCAGAUGCCGAAGCACGUCGCCGACAAGCUGCACGUGAGGAUGCAGCCCAAGAUGAAAACGGGAACGGCGAGUCUUCUGCAGCAGGUGCCAGAUCCGGGCGACGUUCUAGUCGCAACAACAAUGACGAAGCUUCCCUAAAGCGCAAGCGAGAAGAAGAGAAGAAGCUCGCAAAGAUCAAGGAGAGCAAAGCCUUCAAGAAGCGCAAGCAACGAUCAGACUUAUCUGAUGACGAAAUUGCUCGUGCGCUUAUGGAACAGAACUCUGGUCCUCUGCCAGGACAGAUAGAGAACUGCGAAAUUUGCGAGAAACGAUUCACUGUCACGCCUUACUCGGUCGCUGGUCCCAAUGGAGGACUUCUUUGUCCUCCUUGCGGAAAGGAGAUCGCCAAAGAACGAGAAGGCGGACAAAAAAAGAAGCCGAAGAAGCCGGUCAAUACGGGUCCUGUUGGAAGACGUCGAGCCAUUCAAAGCCGAAUACUUGACGGCGAUGUUGGUACCAAGAGCUUGGCCACUCUGUGUGUACAGACUCUGGCCAAAAACGUCGAUCUGGCCGACAGUCUUGGAGACCUCCCGGAUCAUUUGAUCGACAAGAUUGCACGCAUGUUCUCCAAGCGUCGACUCCUCAAGCCAGAGACUUUACCGCUUUUUGUUCAGCCCGGCACUGAGGACCUCCAUAUCUACGAUGGUGCAAAGCUUGGUGGACAAGAUUAUAUCUCCAUUUUUCAGACGGCUUCAAAGCUUCGUAAUCUCAAGAUCCGAUGUGGUAUCCAGUUCAAGGACGAGGUCAUGGAUUACCUCUUGUCCCGUGAUAUCAAUCUUGAAACGUUCUAUCUUCACGGAGCCAACCUUUUGAGCGACGAAAAGUGGCACAAGUUCAUCCAGGAGAAAGGCGAAAAGCUGAAGGGUAUCCAAGUCUAUUAUACAGACAAUCACUUUGGCGAUGAAACCAUAGCCAUGCUGAGAGAUCAUUGCCCCAACCUCAAGCGACUCAAGGUUGAGAAUAACCAAAAGCUGACCAACGACGGUGUCAAAACGAUCGCAAGUCUGUCGGCUCUAGAGCAUCUCGGACUUCAAUUACAGCACAAGACUGAAUCCGACGCUUACAUUGAAGUCGUCUCGAAAAUCGGUGCCAAACUCAAGACCUUGUCUCUGAAGAUUGUUCCCGAAGUUGACGAUGGGUUGUUGCAGGCUAUUCAGGAACAUUGUCGUUCCCUUUCCAAAUUUCGAAUCACAGACAGUGAGUUCAUGACUGACCAGGGUUUUGUUGAUCUCUUCACCAACUGGGCCAAUCCUGCUUUACACUUUGUGGAUCUCCAGAAAUGUCGACAGAUUGAUGCAAGUAAGCCUCGAGAGAACCCAGAUAGCGUUGGACUCUGCAGCGAGGGUUUCAAGGCGUUGAUGACCCAUUCGGGUGAUAAGCUUCAGUACCUCAACAUCCAUGCUUGCCGCCACAUCUCACGCGAGGCUUUCGAAGAGGUCUUCCACAAGGAUGCUCAGUAUCCAGAGUUGAAGGAGCUGGAAAUCAGUUUCUGCGAAGAGGUGACUGAUUUCAUUUUGGGGUCUAUCUUCCGAUCUUGUCCCAAGAUCCGAGAGGUCAACGUUUUUGGAUGCAUGAAGGUCAAGGAGGUCCGCGUACCUCGUGGCGUCAUCCUUGUUGGUGUUCCGAAUGCUCAAGGCAUGGUGGUCGAGGGAUCUCAUGAUUAAUCUUGUGUGAUACAGGGCGUGGUGAUUGGUGUUUGGAGUUAUGAAACAAUCUGAGCAUGGCCUUUGAGUCAGUAGCAGGGCAUUGCAUGGCGCACGGUAAUGUGUAAAGCUAGGUUGAAUGAAAUA